AUGAAGAAUGUCGUCGCUGCGGGCAUCUCUAAAGCGAAACUUAUUUGUGAUUUCCGUCCUACACGUGUACUGAUUACUCUGUCUGGUGAGGACAGAACCAUGGCUGUUAUUGACUACAAAAUAGACAAUGUCAACAGGAUAACCGUGAAAGGAUUUGAAAUCAACAUAAAUAUGGAGAGUUGGUUAGACGACGUAAAACGGGUAAGGAUUCCUCGUCCGAAAUUUGGCACCAAAUACCCUGUUGAGCCACCAAAAGAUUACUUGGAGGAUUGCGGGGGAGAGCUUGGCAAGCAACGCCGUCAUGAUAAAGACCUCACCAAGGCGACAGAGGAACUACGUCGAGCACUUCAGGAGAAACUAUGA